UUCGUUAAAGUUAAUGAAUUGUUUUAUUUGUCAUUUCUUUUUACCUCAAACAAUAGUAUUUAGCAAAUCAUUUUAUCACUUUCUUCAUUUUGUAACGUUAACUUAAAUGUGUGAACAAAAUAGUUUGUGAUGGUUUGUUUUGCUAAAUCCAUUGUAAAGCAGUGCGCGUCUUUUGUCUCCAGUGCAGCAGGAGGCGCUGCAGCUCUUUAGUCCUCAGAUAAACUCACUAAAGAAAGAAAGAAAGAACGCGCCUGUGAUGUGUUUGUGUAUCCUCCGUGUUUUUCUCUCUUGCGUGUUUCAUUGAGUGUAAACAGAGUCUUGUCUCUGUGUAUUUAAGUGUUGAGACGUUGAUGAUGAGAUGUGCUGUGUUGUGCUGUAAAUGAGUAUGAACUGAUCUGUCCAUGCUGGAUAUAUUGACGAUUUCAUCACAGAAAUCUCUCAGCUGAAGAAAGAGGUGGCGUUACUGGAGACUAUGCUGAGGUCAAGAGGAGAUUUAGCAAUGAAUCGAGAGGAUGUGGAUAGUUGUGAAUCUUCAGUGUAUGUGACUGAUGAUGGUAGUCUGGAUUCAGUGUGGAUGAGCAGAGAUCAGAGCCGCACACCACAGCCACUGCUGGACUCUAAACUCUCUGAAGAGAAAUCCAGACACACACAGGACUCCGAGCUCAGUCUGACUUUACUCUGUUAUACUGAGUCAAAGCCCACAGACACUCAGGACACUACAGUGUGUGACAGUAAACAGAGCUUACAGGAGGAUCAAACCUCCACAGAAUCUCUGGAUUCUGUCUGUAACGCUGGAGAACAGCAGCAGAUCCUGCAGACCAAACUGAAGAUGUGUUCAGUCAAACUCAUCGACUGCAGGAACCUAUUGAUGAAGAUUAAAACUGAACCCAUAGAAAUCAAAACUGAACCCACAGAAAUGAAAACUGAACCCACAGAAAUCAAAACUGAACCCACAGAAGAGGAAGAUCGCACUGAGGAAGAUGAUGAUUUUAUUCCAUCAGCAGAUGUGAAGAGUGAUUCAUGUUUGGAUAUAGAAAUAACGUCCUCAACAUCAAAAGAGCGACUGACAGCACAAACUCUUUCCUGCAUCACCUGUGGAAAGACAUUCAGCACACAGAGACAUUUAGAGAGACAUGAGAGAAAACACACAGAACAGAAACUCUUCACCAGAUCUGAGACCAAAUUUACUACCUUACAAGAGAAGAAACUUAAUUCAAAAGACCACAGAGAGAAGAAGAAGAAGCAGUUUCACUGUGAGCAGUGUGGGAGGAUUUGUGUCUCUUUCUCUCAACUAAAUGUUCACAUGAGGACACACAGCGGUGAAAAGCCUUUCAACUGCACUGAAUGUGGAAAAUACUUCAAAACCAAACACACUCUUAAAAUUCAUCAGAGACUUCACACAGGAGAAAAACCUUACGAGUGUCCUCACUGUGAGAAGAGAUUUAGUUGUAAACAUAAACUGAAGACACAUGUGCUUUUACACACCAAUGAGAGACCGUAUCAGUGCAGUGAAUGUGAAAAAACCUUUAGGGAUUCAAGUUCAUUAAAAAAACACCAGAAUAUUCACAUUAAAGAGAAACUCUAUCAGUGUUCACACUGUGAUAAACAUUUCUGCCUUAAAUAUAAUCUGAUGGUCCAUCAGAGAGUUCACACUGGAGAAAAACCUUACAAAUGCUCUCAGUGUGACAAGACUUUUUCUCAGUCAGGUCACUUCAAAGAACAUCAGAGGGUUCACACUGGAGAGAAACCUUACAUCUGCACUCAAUGUGGAAAGAGCUUCACUCAUUCAUCUCAAUUCAGAGAUCAUCAGAAAGUUCAUACUGGAGAGAAUCUUCAUCACUGUAGUGUCUGUGGGAAGAGUUUCUCUAAUAUAUCUAAAUUCAGAGUUCAUCAAAGAGUUCAUACGGGAGAGAAACCUUAUCACUGUAGUGUCUGUGGGAGGAGUUUUAGUGUAAAGUAUACCUUAAUAAGUCACAUGAGAAUUCAUACAGGUGAAAAACCUUUCAAAUGCUCUCAGUGUGACAAGACUUUUGCUUAUUCAUGUCACUUAAAAGUCCAUCAGAGAGUUCAUACUAGAGAGAAAUCUUAUUACUGUAGUGUCUGUGGAAAGAGCUUCGCUAGGUUAUCUCAAUUAAGAGAUCAUCAAACAGUUCAUACUGGGGAGAAACCUCAUCACUGUAGUGUCUGUGGAAAGAGCUUCUCUUGGUUAUCUCAAUUAACAGUUCAUCAAAGAGUUCAUACUGGUGAGAAACCUUAUCACUGUGGUGUCUGUGGGAAGAGUUUUAGUGUAAAUGAUACCUUACUAAGGCACCAGAGAGUUCAUACAGGUGAAAAACCUUACAAAUGCUCUCAGUGUGACAAGACAUUUGCUUAUUCAGGUUACUUCAGAGUCCAUCAGAGACUUCACACUGUACAGAACCUUUAACUCUUUCCUCGCCAGCGUUUAAAAAAAAAAGUUGCCAGCCAUCGCCAGCAGUUUUCAUGAUUUUCACAAAAGUUUAAUGUCUUCAAGAAAAUGUACAAUAUAUCAAAUAAAGAAAUAGACCCUCUGCUUUCAAACAAAAAAGACAUUUCAUCCUACCUUCAUUAGUUCUCUUUUAUCACCUCUGAAAUAUUGGUAGGUUUUUCAAAAACACCAAAUUUUGAUCAAAAAGUUGAGAUAAUUGCAUUUUUGUAAAGAACUUUUGAUGGAGAUCCAAUUCAGAGCGAUCCUCAAAAACAUACACAGACUGUUUGCCCUAGGGCAGUGUUUCCCAAUCCUGGUUCUCGAGUACCCCCUUCCAGAAAGUUUUAGAUGUCUCCUCAUUUAAAACACCUGAUUAAACUAUUCUGUCUCCUUUCAGAAUGGAUAGCAUGUCUCACCAACAAGCUGUUGAGUAAAAUCAAGUGUGUUAGAUAAGGAGACAUCUAUAACUUUCUGGAAGGCGGUACUUGAGGACUAGGAUUGGGAAACACUGCCCUAGGGCAAUACUUGGCCCUGUCCCAAAUGGCGCACUUCAUGUGGACUUUCGGUCUCGUGGCCUUAAAUUGCGCGUUCUCACUGAGUCUAUGAGUCCGUAGGGUGUCCCAUCUGUCAUUUUUACGCUUUGAAGUGUGCUCAUCAGCGCCUCCUUUGCCCCCUUGAUGCGGCCUUCAGCGAAGCCCGCACUGCAGCAGGCUUCGCGCACUUUACCAACCCAGAAGUCCUUGCGAAAGGGCAAUCAGACGACGGAAGGGAGGAGUUCAUACUGACGUUCAACUUCUCUACCUAUUUCCGGUGUGAUGCUCGAGUCUCUCAAAAUACGACUCCGGUGCACCCACGUGGACUCGCAUCAAGGGUCCCUAAAGUCGGGACUACAUGAUGUCAUCAAAGUGUGGACUCUGAGGAGGACCACAAGUCCGGAGCGUGCCAUUUGGGACAGGGCCCUUCUGAGUUGUAUAAGUUGCGGAAGAGCACUCGGAGCCUGCAGCUACAGACCACCGCCCAGAAACCCGCAUUCGCAGACCCCUCGUUUUUCGAGACAGCGUCCCCUCCCGUUUGGAAGAUCGUAUAACACCCUUAUCCAAAUGGCAUUGAAAACAAUUGGAUGCAAUAUUACGGUCUCGUUUUAUUUAAAGUUAUCCAAAUAAAUAUUUGCGUUCCCUGCUUAAUGCAUGUGCCAAAAAACUCUCUGUAUUCUCUGACUAACAAGUCAGUAGUCUGCAGUAUUUUUUGAGCGUGGGUGUAAUUGAAAGAAAAUUACUGAUGGAAGGGAUACAAUUACAGAUUGAACGAUCUUAUGUAAAAUAUUAUUUGAUAAAUUGCUGCAAUGUUUUUUAUGUAAAUUCCAUUUUUUUUUUCAGUUCAACCUGUAAUGUUCUUAUUAACAUUAUAUCACGCUAACAUUACAAAACUUGUUUUUUCAUAUUUUGAAUGCAAAGCAAAACUUAAAUAAGAAUAGACAAAACACCAAUAAUAAACAAUUCUGUACUUUAUUGAACAAUUAACUAAACAUCAUCUUGCUGUAAACAGGAGAAAGCAAAGAAAAAAUGAAAUAAUUGUGCUAGUGACUUUACUUUUCAUCUUCAAUUGCAUUAAAAAGAACUCUUCAUUUAUAAGUCACUUUGGAUAAAAGUGCCGUCUGCUAAAUGAAUAAAUGUCAAAUAAUGUAACUGCAUAAGUAAUUACUUCCUGCAGGUGAUUUUCCUUCUUUUUUCAGUCUUUUGGAACCUGCUCUGUCAAAUUCCUUGUCUUCACUACAAUAAAAGAUGAAUGUCAUUGUCAAAAAUAUUGUGAAUUACAAAUACCAUUUU